UGCCCAGUAGCUUUCUGGUGGCCAUCAGCAGAAAAUGAGAGCCGUGCCCUCUUCCAGAUGACCCUCCAGUUGGACUACAACAAUUUCCUGCUCAUGAGGAACAAUUUACUCCUCUUCAGUGUGCCCCCUUCCCUGUCAGUAUUGCCAGUCUACGGAGUUCAGGCCGAGGGGAGGCUGGCACCCACUGACCAUGUUUAUUUACCUCUGAUGGUGGCCAACCUGCUGGAGACUAUCUUCAUCACCUAUCUGCUAUACCUGGCCACCCUCAGCUCCCAUCUCCCAGCUCUGAGUUUCCAUCCUCCCACAGGUCUGAGGUUGCCAAGUGAGUACCCUAAAUUAGUAAGGGCCCAGAGGGAGCUGGAGGCUCAGAAGCAGCCCUUGGUGGGGCUGUGGGUGCAGUUCAGACACCUGAUAGACACCCUACCUCUGGACCUGCUUUUCCUGGUCUCCUCUGUCAUCACCAGCAUUGUCUUCUGGAAGACCUAG